AUGUCAAGCCCAAUUAAGGUGGCUUCUUCAGAAAAUAACACGAACACUCAUAUAGAAAAAGCCCGAAAUGCUUCAGCUCCAAAAAGUGCAAUUUUAGACGAGAAAUCUCCCACAUCUAGAGAAAUCUUACUCCAACAUAUUAAAGGGAUUGGAAAUACUAAUCAGGCUAGAUCAUCUAAAACGCCAUCACCAAUGCUAAAGCAAGGUGAGUAUGGUGUAUUCAAUAUUUAUGGUAAAUUACCAAUAAUUUUUUUAAAGAAAACAUCGUAAUUUUUAUUAAAAAAUUAAUUAUAAAAUAAAUAAUCCAUUCAAUAUUGAUUUAAGAAAAAAAUCCAUCGAGCCUUUAACACCCAAAGGUGCUGAAGAAGAAAACAAUGAAGGAAAAGAUAAUCAUGAAAAAAAUUGAAAUCUAUUAACUGAGCUGCAAAAUCCAAACCGAGAAGGGUUUUUUACAUUCAGAGGUGACCAAGAUAUUCAAAGUUCUAAAGAAGAUCUCAAAAAAGAAGGAGUUUUAGUAAUUUCAAUUGAAGAUGAAAUAAAUAAAGAGUCAAUUGUAGAGCUCAGAAAAGAAAUAAUGAAAGAAAACAAGGCAGAAGAAGUAAAAGUUGAAAGCCAUACGUCUGCAAUUGAUUUUGUUAGGGGAAAUCUCAAAAAAGAUACAUUACCAAAAGAAACUCCAAAUAAACUAUCUGAACCUAUUAGCAUUUUUGAAGAAAAACAGCCAAAGUUUAUAGAAAAAGCUGAGCCACCUCUGCCAACCUUAUACAGCUCAAAUAUUUCUCCCAAAACUAAAGAAAAGCCUAUUUUAGAAAUUCAAAAGCCGAUACUAAACCUUGAGAAAUCAAUUGAUCUUUCAAUAGUUACCCAAGAAAGAAAUAGGUCAUCUUCCUCACAUAUCCAAAGUGCUGCAAUGGCAAGUCAGCUGAAACCAGCAAGCCAAAGAUCAGUAACUCCUCAGCAAGAAUUCCAUCCUCCGUCUGUGCUAACUUUUGAUGAAUUUAUGUCACAAUGUGACCCAAAUAGGUCUAGUUUUGCCUCUAAUUCGCCUUUGACCAACUCUUUUAUAGGCCAAUCUCCUAAAGAUUUUAACCCUCCAGCACCUCAACGUCCAGUAAAAAAAUACGAAAUAUUUAAAAAACAAGCCCAAGAAAAAGAAAAAUUGAUGAUAAAAAGGAAAAAAUCAAUCAUAAAAAUCCAGGCACAUAUACGAGGAUGGCUGUGUAGGCUGAGGGUGAAAAGGAUAAAAGAUAGAUAUAGAGAAACACAAAGAUUAUUGAGGAUACGUGAUGUGUGUGAAAGGAUAAAAAUAUCAUGGGCUCCUUAUAUAAUUUUAAAAGCUUUACAAAGGUGAGUAGAGAUAAGGCGAAAAGAAAAAUUAGAAGUUUAUAAUGGUCAUGUAUUUUUUCUAAUAAAUUGGCCUUUUAUAUAUUAUUUUGCUUAAUUUAUUUACUAAACAUAGAUUUUUUGAGAAAUUUCAAAUAAAAAUUUGGAUCCAGUUUAUAAUAUGUUUGUGGAAUAUUCUGCAGUAUUUAUACAAAAGUUUUUUAGGGGAUAUUUAACUAGAAAAAAAUGGUGGACGAUUAUUGAGGCAAGAAUAAAUGCGAAAAGUGUGAUUUUAUCACUCGUAAGAGCGUGAAAAACCAGGAAAAUUUUAAAAACUAAAGAAAUGAGGAAUAUUGAAAUAGGAAUAAAAGAUAUGACAAAACUUGCAUCAGAAUUCUCUAGCGAAGGAAAUCCAAACACUCUAUUAUCUAAAGUCCAUCAGCAAAUUCCUGCAUUAAAAAGAAAAUACAUUCAGGAAUUCCGUAAAAUCUAUAACCAAGGCUCAUGGGUUUAUUUGCCGCCUCUCUCCAAAAUCCACACCCCUUAUGAUCCAUCAACCCCAAAAAAUGACAAACAAGGGCCAAUAGUAAAAACUGAGUCUUUCAGACUGAGCCUAGAAAGAAGCAAUAGUUCUUCAUCUCCACAAUAUCCAAAAGAAAAUUAUGACUUUGAUACGGACAUUUAUAUACAGAAGGACAAAGAAAUCUACUCUAGUCACUAUAGCAGAGAAGACCAGCCUAUUAAGCCUCUACAAGUGACUUAUAACCAAAUAGCUGAACAAGGAGAAGACGCCAUCGAGUCUAUGACUGAAACAAAACCAGUCAAAAAAUUUUCAAAUUUUUUGAAAAGAGGGGAAAAGAAAAAAUAUGACCCACUAAAGAAGGCAAAAGAAAAUAAAAAUAGAAAAUCAAUUGAGGCGAAAAAAGAAGAAGAAAAAGUAGAAGAAAAGCCUAUUGAAGAAAAAGUAGAAGAAAAACCUAUUGAAGAAAAAACGAUUGAGGCUCCAAAGGUGAAUGAAAAAAGAACUAGAGGAAGAAAAAAGUCUCCAGAAGCACCUAUUAAAGGGCUAGACAAUGAAGAAAUAGAAAAGAAAAUAGAAGAAGAUGUAAGCCUGCUGAAUUGAAUCAAAAACCAAUCCUGUCUUAGUUUCUAUAUAAUUAUUGUUUUAAAAUUUAUUUUUUUUUUUUAAAUUAAUUCAAAUAUAAAAUUAUAAAUAAUGUAGAAGACCCAGAAGAUACAAAAAGAAAUACCACCCCACAUUCCUAUUUAAAAAGAAAAUCCCAAACUUACAAACCUGCCACAAAAGUUGAAUGAAAAGUCCAAAAACGAAUCGAUUGUUGGGGCUCUCCCAAUGUCAACGAGCAUAUAGAAAAAAAGAAAAAGCCUAUCGUCCCGUCAAUCCAAUUGGAAAAACAGGGCAUCCCUAUAGAAGACCUCGAAAGUAUUUUUUCAGGAAUCGCCAGAAACCAUAUAAAUCCCAACUAUUUUUUCAAAAAUCGUGAGGUAAAGGACACAAUAAUUCCCCAAUUUAACGAAAAUUCUUAUUUUAUAACCCAUUAUAGUGAUGAUAUAUAUCAAGACACCCUGAAAGUGCUGGAUGACCAUUAUCAAUAUCUUUGCAAUGAAGAUGAAUCUGUUUUGGAUAGAUCUUUAAAUAAUAAUUAUUAA